AUGAGGGUUUCUGGAAACAAGGGGAGAGAUGGCAUCCGGGCUGGGGGUUGGCAAGUAGUCGCCGCUAAACCCAGCGGUCUUGGUGCUGUAAGGUUAAAAAUUGGAAAUUGGGUAAUAGGUGUUGAAGCUUGGUUUUACAACUGCUAA